AUCUUUGGUCCGUCCUUGAUCAUAAACUCAUCCUUGAUCAUUAACUAAUAUACUAGAAGCUUUUCUUUCAGCAUAUUGCACACUUACUUGAAGGCACUACCGAAGAAACAGUAAACAAACAAGUUGUUAAUGCAUUACACACGUCUAAACCACUUUCUUUUCUUACACUUACUUCCCACCCUCACUUUCUCCCACUGCUGGCUGCUGUUAUUGCAGAGAGAGCUGGAUCACUUAAAAUAAAAGCCUUCCAGAUCCAUUUUUCCCCUUCCUCUUUCCAUCUCUUUCUUUUCUGCCUUCUUGUCUGCCCCACUUCCCACAAGUUGCCAGGAAACCCUUUCUUAAUCAGGAGAGCAAUUUUUUUGGUGUUGUGAGGAAAGUACUUCUGCUUUCAAAGGUGGAUGCACCUCAUUUGUACAACCUAGUGGUCCCACCUUGUAUCUGCAUUGUAUAUGAUUACAUCAUUGACAUUAGACUAAUUCUGCCAGUUUACCAGAAGGUGUAAAAGGCAGUCCUUGAUGUCCUCAUACUGCCUUCUCUGUUCACUGUUACAGGCUAUGAGAAUGAGGAAGCAAUUGUCUGUUUGCAGAACAGACCCUCUGUCCGUUUGCAGAAUGGACAGAACUUUUAGCAGAAGUUUCUUCUGUUUAACCACUUCGUUAGAGUACAAUAUUCAAGAUCAGCACUUCAUCCCUAGAAGUUUAUUGCUAGGCAUAUAUGUUUUCUUUCUCUUCUUAUUUUUUCCUUUUUUUUUUUCUUUUUAGAUACCCUUUUUCUCUAGAUGAUAAACUCCAUAAUUAAAAAUCUGUGACUUCUGUUUCUGGGAUCUAGUUUACAUACACCAGGAAAGGCAGCAAAUGAGUCAAAUGUAAUGCCUUAUAUUUGCAAAACUGUACUGUGACCCUUUUAGGUAUAGGUGGCCUUGAAGUUGAUCUUUCUACCAGCUAUGAAAAUGCAUCUCUUCAUUCUGUAUUACUGUAACAAUUGCCAGGUCCUUGUUGGAAGAAAAAGAUGAACAAGAACAGCCUAUUAGAUUCAAUAGUAUGUGGUAGCUGGCAGGAACAGUGAAGCAGUUGCUUGCGAAAUGUUAAAAAACAAAACAGAAGACUUGAAGUCUUAUUUCCAGAGCCUUAGCUCUGUAUCUGUCCUAUUAGUGUCUUACAGGAAUUGUUCUGUUAUGUAAAAGGAAGUAUUUUGUGAAAGAAAUCUCAAUAAGCAGAAGAAAAAUAAAACCUUUAAGACGUAGGAAAAUACAUUAAAUUCCAUAAUGUGGAUUGUCCACAGUGUACGUUUAAAGAAAUGUAGUGCCUGCACGCUGGGUCAAGUUAUAAACCUGGGACUGCUAAUACGGCAAUAAUAAGUUUCCAAUAACACUCUCCAGGAAUCAGCAAUAAUCGGUUUGAAAAUAGAUAACAACCAUAAGUGUUCUGUACAGAGCUAUCAACGUGGGAAUAGUGUGGAUUUUUUUGUUUUUUGUUUUUUUUUUUGCCACCAAAUAGAAUGUAACAUUCUUACUCUGUGUUAGGAAAGGCGUUUGAUCAGGAUGCUUGAGAAUGCUUUCAUAACAUGAGAUUAACUGUUAACUUAGAAUUUAUCUAUCUUCAUGAUACCUAGGGAGAAAGGAGUGGGGAAGUGUAUGGGAUGCAGAGGUACUGAUCCUGAAUCAGAAUGAUUUUUUUUCCCUCUACCAGAAGAGAGUUUAGCGAUCUUUAAAAAAUAUAUGUUGUACACUGAGUCCCUCAAGACUUAAAGUAAAAAAUUUAAGUUAGACUUGGAAUUGCAGUAUAUGGGUGCUAGAUUUAAUGACUGCUACAAUAUGCUUGUAUGCCCAGUGUGUAAGCUUGAACUCGUGAAAGAGUCCUGAAAAUAUAAUCAAAGGUUUCAGGUGUAUUUGAAUGAUUCUGGAUUUUAAUUUCCAUUUCAGGUCAUCACUGUAGUGACUUUUAGAUUCAAAUUCUCCAUUCCAUCUCAUUUGGUGGGGCUUUUUUGGUCACUUGUCUUUAUACAGAUUUUCACAGGGUUCACAGCAUUUGUUCUCACCCAUUCUAAAAUUCUGCUACCUAGUGAAGGACUCUUUUUUUUUUUUUUUUUUUCUUUUUUUUUUGUGCUUCCUAUUUGAACUUUUUUCUUAAUGUUCCAUAUUCCACUUUAUUGUCAAGAAGCUUUUUGAUGUCCAUUACAUUAAUCAAAAACAUCAUCCUAGUGUUGAGAAAUUACUGUUGUCUAACUGAAGUAAGCUGAGAGAAAAUGACUGCAAUCAAGCAUGCUUUACAAAGGGAUAUUUUCACUCCCAAUGAUGAACGCCUGUUGAGCAUUGUGAAUGUAUGCAAAGCAGGCAAAAAGAAGAGAAACUGCUUUUUGUGUGCCACAGUGACAACGGAACGUCCAGUGCAAGUAAAUGUGGUAAAGGUGAAAAAAUCUGACAAGGGAGAUUUCUACAAAAGACAGACUGCAUGGGCGCUUCGAGAUCUUGCUGUUGUUGAUGCCAAAGAUGCCGUUAAAGAGAAUCCUGAAUUCGAUUUACAUUUUGACAAAGUGUACAAAUGGGUUGCAAGCAGCACAGUGGAAAAGAACACUUUCAUUUCAUGUAUCUGGAAACUCAAUCAGAGAUAUCUUAGAAAGAAAAUUGAUUUUAUUAAUGUUAGUUCACAGCUUUUGGAAGAAUCAGUUCCAAGUGGAGAGAAUCAAAGUGUAGCAGGAGGUGAUGAAGAGGCUGUGGAUGAGUACCAGGAAUUAAAUGCAAGAGAAGAACAGGAUAUUGAAAUAAUGAUGGAAGGGUGCGAAUAUGCCAUAUCUAAUGCUGAAGCCUUUGCAGAAAAGCUGUCUAGAGAGCUACAAGUGCUAGAUGGGGCAAAUAUCCAGUCAAUCAUGGCCUCUGAGAAACAGGUGAAUAUCUUGAUGAAGUUGCUGGAUGAAGCUCUAAAGGAAGUUGAUCAGAUUGAGAUGAAGUUGAGCAGUUACGAAGAAAUGCUUCAGAGUGUAAAAGAACAAAUGGAUCAGAUUUCAGAAAGCAACCACCUAAUCCAUCUCAGCAACACAAACAAUGUGAAACUACUGUCCGAGAUAGAGUUCUUAGUGAAUCAUAUGGACUUGGCUAAAGGUCAUAUAAAGGCCCUUCAGGAGGGAGAUCUGACAUCUUCUCGAGGCAUUGAGGCCUGCACUAAUGCAGCAGAUGCCCUUCUGCAGUGUAUGAAUGUAGCUCUUCGUCCAGGACAUGAUAUGCUUCAUGCAGUCAAAGAGCAACAACAGCGAUUUAGUGACUUGCGUGAACAAUUUGCACGGAGGCUUGCCAGUCAUUUGAACAGCGUAUUUGUUCAACAGUUUACUCAGACCCUACUUCAACUCUAUAACAGGUCCUACUAUCUUUCAGUUCCAGGUCACGAUCAGAGUUCCACACUUGCCCAGCACUCUGUUGAAUUGACAUUACCCAAUCAUCAUCCAUUUCACAGAGAUUUACUUCGUUAUGCUAAACUGAUGGAGUGGCUCAAGAACACAGACUAUGGAAAAUAUGAAGGCCUAACAAAGAAUUAUAUGGAUUAUUUAUCACGACUAUAUGAAAGAGAAAUAAAAGAUUUCUUUGAAGUUGCCAAGAUCAAGAUGACAGGCACAACCAAAGAAGGAAAAAAAUUUGCUACACUGCCUCGAAAAGAAAGUGCUGUCAAACAGGAAACUGAGAGUCUCCAUGGAAGUUCUGGAAAACUGACUGGGUCUACUUCUAGCCUAAAUAAACUCUCUGUUCAGAGUUCAGGAAACCGUAGAUCUCAGUCAUCCUCACUGUUGGAUAUGGGAAACAUGUCUGCCUCUGAUCUUGAUGUGGCUGAUAGAACAAAAUUUGAUAAGAUUUUUGAACAAGUAUUAAGUGAGCUAGAGCCUCUGUGUCUGGCAGAACAGGACUUCAUUAGUAAAUUUUUCAAACUGCAGCAACAUCAGAGCAUCCCUGGAACAACAACGAAUGAAGCAGAGGAAAUGGAUGGAGGAAUUUUAUCUCGUUCAUAUACUUCUGGUGGUCCUCAAACUAUAUCAUCUGAGAAGGACAUGAUCCGACAAAUGAUGACAAAAAUAUUUCGCUGUAUUGAACCUGAGCUGAAUAAUCUUAUUGCACUGGGGGACAAGAUUGAUAGCUUUAAUUCCCUUUAUAUGCUAGUUAAGAUGAGCCAUCAUGUAUGGACAGCACAAAACGUGGACCCAGCUUCCUUUCUCAGCACAACACUUGGAAAUGUUUUGGUGACUGUCAAAAGAAACUUUGAUAAAUGCAUUAGUAACCAAAUGAAACAGAUGGAUGAAGUAAAAAUUUCAAAGAAGAGUAAAGUUGGGAUCCUUCCGUUUGUUGCUGAGUUUGAAGAGUUUGCAGGCCUUGCUGAAUCAAUUUUCAAAAACGCAGAGCGCCGAGGAGAUCUAGAUAAAGCCUAUAUAAAACUUAUUAGAGCUGUUUUCGUCAGCGUUGAGAAAGUGGCAAAUGAAAGCCAAAAAACACCAAGGGAUGUGGUCAUGAUGGAGAACUUCCAUCAUAUUUUUGCAACACUUUCUCGCUUGAAAAUUUCUUGUCUUGAGUCUGAGAAAAAAGAAGCCAAGCAGAAAUACACUGAUCAUCUUCAGUCUUAUGUAAUCUACUCGCUUGGACAGCCUCUUGAGAAAUUAAAUCAUUUUUUUGAAGGUGUUGAAGCUCGUGUGGCUCAAGGUAUACGUGAAGAAGAAGUAAGUUAUCAGCUGGCUUUCAAUAAACAAGAGCUUCGUAAAGUUAUAAAGGAAUAUCCUGGUAAGGAAGUGAAGAAGGGAUUGGAUAAUCUCUACAAGAAGGUAGACAAACAUCUCUGUGAAGAAGAAAACUUACUUCAGGUUGUAUGGCAUUCUAUGCAAGAUGAGUUUAUACGUCAGUACAAGCACUUUGAAGGGCUGAUAGCUCGCUGCUAUCCUGGAUCAGGAAUUACUAUGGAAUUCACUAUACAGGAUAUCUUAGACUACUGCUCCAGCAUUGCACAGUCUCACUAACUUCUGCGAAGGGAAAGAGAAGCUAGCAAAGUUUGUGCCUGUGUGUAAGGGAAUCAAACACUAUAAAUGCAAUUUGUUUUAAAAGGCGGAAAUCUGUGUAUAUGUAUAAUUGUUCUAUGUCAAGCCACACUCUUAUUUUAAAUGUCUUUCAGUGUAAAAUGAAACCUUCAGUAACUGGUUGCUCUUCUACUGGGUUGAAGUACUGUUUGAAAGCAGUUAUUCUGGGAAACACUCUGGGUCUAGUUUUUUCCCUCCCGUAAUGUUCAGAUACUUUUAUUUAUAAUCCCUUUUCUUGCUAAAAGCAACUAGCACUAACUUCCUAGUACAGUAAAAGGAUACUACUCUCUUCACUAAUACUUUGCUGCUUGAAAAUUAUGUAAGCAUUAAAGACUACCAAAUUUUUUUCCUUCCUCAUUGUAAAAAUGUAUGGAUGUGGAAGUUGUGCAGUGGGAAUACUGAAUUCAUGUUCAAAGACAUAAUGUGACCAUGGUUGUAUUUCUUAAUUAAACUGCGUUCAUCAUA